AUGCAGUUCACUUCAUUCACGCUUGCCACUCUCGCCGCUUCUUUGGCUUCUGCCCAGGUUCUCAAUGUCCCUGCUAGAGUCGGCACUGUCCAGCGUGCUUCCAACGCUCGCAUCUCUGCAAACAGAGAUUUCGGCAUGGCAGAGUUUGACAGCGGCAUCACCUGCGAUGACGAGACGAAUGGACCGCCAGUCUUCAUCCUUGACGAUGGCGUGACCAUCGAAAACUUGAUCAUCGGUCCCAACCAGAUCGACGGUAUCCAUUGCCGCGGCCGUUGUACCCUGAAGAACGUUUGGUUCAGGAACGUCUGCGAAGACGCCGUCACCGCUCUUGGACCAGGCGACGUCCUCAUCGAGGGCGGCGGCGCCACAGGCGCCAACGACAAGGUCAUCCAGCACAACGGCAAAGGCCGCGUAACUAUUCGCAACUACACCGUCACGAACUCGGGCAAACUCUACCGUAGCUGCGGUAACUGCUCCAACAACCAAGCAAACAGUCCUCGCCAAGUCGUCAUUGAAAAUGUUCGCGCCAGCGGUAUGACUUCGGACCUUGUUGCUAUCAACAACAACUUUGGCGACACCGCUGUUAUCACUGGUACUUGUGGUAGCAACAAUAAGGAUGUUUGCAUGAACUACUUGGGCGUUGAGAAGGAGGCGGGGAGGGAUGGUCCGCCCAUGAGGAACAACAAUGGUUGCUCUGGCCUAGGAAGUGCUGACUCCCUUCCCGUCUGCUGA